AUGAUUAAGUUCAGUAGCAAUGGCCAAAGUAGACAUAUAAAAUAUAAUUUGUCUAGCACUAUAGUCGUAGCAGGUGUUUUCCUCCUAGUACGAUUUUACCCAAUCCUUGACACUGAGACGACAAAAACCCUUAUACUAUGUCUUGGCUCCCUCACUACCCUCUUCACUGCUAUCUGUGCCCUGACACAAAAUGACAUUAAAAAAAUUAUCGCAUUCUCAACAUCCAGUCAACUAGGCCUCAUAGUCAUUACCCUAGGCAUUGGCCACCCCUACUUAGCCUUCCUUCACAUCUGCAUCCACGCCUUCUUCAAAGCCAUACUUUUUCUUUGCUCUGGAUCUAUUAUUCAUAACCUUAAUGAUGAACAAGACAUUCGAAAAAUAGGAGGCCUAGCCAAAGCCAUACCCUUCACAUCUACAGCCCUAACAAUUGGAAGCCUAGCCCUGGUAGGAACUCCAUUCCUUACCGGCUUCUAUUCAAAAGACCUAAUCAUUGAAAGCAUGAACACGUCUUAUACAAACGCCUGAGCCCUAAUCAUUACACUCAUUGCUACCUCAAUAACGGCGAUAUAUAGCCUACGAAUUAUCUUUUUCGCUUUUAUGGGCAACCCACGAUUCCUCCCUGUAGUACUAAUCAGUGAAUCCACCCCCACUAUAAUCAACCCCAUUAAACGCCUAGCAGCCGGAAGUAUCUUCGCUGGCUAUCUAAUAACUAACCUCAUUCCACCCUUGACGACCCAACAAAUAACCAUACCAACCAGCCUCAAAAUAGCUGCGCUUGUAGUAACAAUUUCAGGCCUCGCCCUAGCCCUAGAAUUGAAUAACCUUACACUGAAUUUCACCAUAAAACUCUCUAACAUCUCCCACAACUUUUCUAAUCAACUGGGCUUCUACCCAACUAUUAUUCACCGCCUACUCCCGCUUAAGAAUCUCUCAACUAGCCAAAAAAUGGCAUUCAAGUCCCUAGACCUAGUCUGACUCGAAUAUUCACUACCCAAACUCCUCUCAUACUUCAACUCUCUAGCCUCAUCCACUACCUCAGAUCAAAAAGGGAUAGUAAAACUUUACUUCCUAUCUUUCCUCCUCACACUACCUCUACCACUAGCUAUAACCUUGUUUUAACCCCCACGCACAAUAUCAAUAACAAUAAAAAUGCUAACAAACAACGUUCACCCAGCCACCACCAUUAACCAUCACCCAUAAUCAUAAAUCGCAGAAACCCCAGCCAUAUCCUCCCCUAUAUAACCCCCAUGCUCAUUAUCUAGCACCACCCAAUCCCCCAUAUCAUCGAACCCAACAAUCACUUUAACAUCAUAAGAACUUGCUAAUCAAACAAAACCCAUCAUCUCAACUAUUAAGCCAAAUAUAAAUAUCACACUAACCACUCAAUUAGAAGCCCAAGUCUCAGGAUAAUCCUCGGCCGCCAUAGCAGUAGUGUACCCAAACACAACCAUUAUACCACCUAAAUAAAUUAAAAACACUAUUAACCCUAAAUAAGACCCCCCAUACUCUAAAAUCAAACCACAGCCCAACCCCCCUCCCACAAUUAACCCCAACCCCCCAUAAAUAGGAGAUGGUUUAGUUGCAAAAGCAAUAAAACACAACACAAACAAUGAACUCAACAAGAAAACUGAUAAAGUCAUUAUUUUUGCAUGGACUCCCCAUGACCUAUGACAUGAAAAAUCAUCGUUGUAUAUUCAACUACAAAAACCAUAUGACCAACAUCCGUAAGACUCACCCACUUAUAAAAAUCGUUAACGAAUCAUUCAUCGAUUUACCCACCCCAUCUAAUAUCUCAGCAUGAUGAAACUUCGGCUCUCUACUAGGCAUGUGCCUAAUUAUCCAAAUUGCCACAGGGCUAUUCCUAGCCAUACACUACACAUCCGACACCACAACUGCCUUCUCAUCCGUUGCUCACAUCUGCCGAGAUGUAAAUUACGGCUGACUAAUCCGCUACCUCCACGCCAACGGCGCCUCAAUAUUCUUUAUCUGCCUAUUUCUACACGUAGGCCGAGGCCUCUACUAUGGAUCCUACACAUUUAUUGAAACAUGAAACAUUGGAAUCCUCCUUCUAUUUGCAGUUAUAGCUACAGCCUUUAUGGGCUAUGUUCUUCCAUGAGGCCAAAUAUCUUUCUGAGGAGCCACAGUCAUUACAAACCUUCUAUCAGCUAUCCCUUACAUCGGAACUACCCUAGUAGAAUGAAUCUGAGGCGGAUUCUCAGUAGACAAAGCUACACUAACCCGAUUUUUCGCCUUUCAUUUCAUCCUUCCAUUUAUCGUUGCAGCUCUGGCAGUAGUUCACCUUUUAUUCUUACAUGAAACCGGUUCCAAUAACCCAAUUGGACUAAACUCUGAAGCAGAUAAAAUCCCCUUCCACCCUUACUAUACAAUCAAAGACGCCCUAGGUUUUCUCCUAAUAUUCCUAGUUCUCCUCUCCUUAGUCCUUUUCUGCCCAGACAUACUGGGAGACCCUGACAAUUAUAUACCCGCAAACCCACUUAAUACACCACCCCAUAUUAAACCUGAAUGAUAUUUCCUAUUUGCCUACGCUAUUCUACGAUCAAUCCCCAACAAACUUGGCGGUGUAGUAGCCCUAGUCCUAUCUAUCCUAAUCCUAGCCAUUGUCCCCUUCCUCCACAACUCAAAACAACGCAGCAUAAUCUUCCGACCUAUCAGUCAAUGUAUAUACUGACUUCUCGUAGCAGACCUCCUUACACUUACCUGAAUUGGAGGCCAACCAGUCGAACACCCAUUCAUCAUCAUUGGCCAAAUCGCAUCUAUCCUGUACUUCACAAUUAUCCUAGUCCUUAUGCCCCUAUCAAGUAUACUAGAAAAUAAAAUCCUAAAAUGAAGAAACU